CAAGUGACGUCACCAACACACCACAGAGAAACCAGCUCAGGAUAGAGUGUCCUGUGUUGCGUCACGAGUGCGUCUCACAGGCCGCUCUUUCCCCGCCCACUCCGGCGCUGUUCCGUCUUUCUGGACCUGGCCGAGCAGGAGGCGCCAUCAUGGGUGUUGACAUUCGCCACAACAAGGACCGAAAGGUUCGGCGCAAGGAGCCCAAAAGCCAGGACAUCUACCUGCGGCUGCUAGUCAAGCUGUACAGGUUUCUGGCCAGACGCACCAACUCCACCUUCAAUCAGGUUGUGCUGAAGAGGUUAUUUAUGAGCCGCACCAACCGACCACCUCUGUCCCUGUCCCGGAUGAUCCGAAAGAUGAAGCUUCCUGGCCGGGAGAACAAGACCGCUGUGGUUGUGGGCACUGUCACAGAUGAUGUGCGGAUUCUGGACGUACCCAAGCUGAAGGUGUGCGCAUUGCGGGUGAGCAGCCGGGCUCGAAGUCGCAUCCUCAAGGCUGGGGGUAAGAUCCUCACCUUUGACCAGCUGGCUCUGGAGUCUCCCAAGGGCCGAGGCACUGUGCUCCUGUCUGGUCCUCGGAAGGGCCGAGAGGUCUACCGACAUUUUGGCAAGGCCCCAGGAACCCCACACAGCCACACCAAACCCUAUGUCCGAUCCAAGGGCCGGAAGUUUGAGCGUGCCAGAGGCAGAAGGGCCAGCCGAGGCUACAAAAACUAACCCUGGAUCCAUCUUAUGUUAAUAAAAAUGCUUUGGAUGUUGA